CUCCUGGGAUUAUAAAUGAGUGAGAGUGCCAUAUUCUAGCCUGAUUGACUUCCUUUGACUGCCAUUCUGGCCUGCUUAGCAUUAACUUGCUUUGUGUAUCAAGGAACUCAGCCCUUUUGCCCCAUAGCCUACACAUUCAUUUCUUCAACACAUUUCUUCACACAGGCUUAUUUCUGAAUCUUCAUUCUCUACUUUCACUUUCUCAGGAGACCGAAUUGGAAUUUGUAUGAUUGAAGGUAGACUCAAUAUUUUUUGUUUUGACUGUUGCAGCAGCAGCAGCAAGAGUUAAUGCUGGGCUGAGUCCUUGCCCUUGGCAUCCCCCACCAGCACGCUGGUUGGGAAGGGCUCUGCUUCUGGCCCUCGUGGACUUUGGCAAGGAGCAGAACUUUUGCCCAUUGUGUGCAGCAGAAGCUAAGCAAGCUAAAGAUUCCUAGACAGGGUAAGGAGCUGCUGUUAACGUUGACUGCAUAGUCUGCUCAAGUUAUCUGCAUAAACUUACCUUCCCAGGAGGUAAGGAGGAACAAAAGGGGUGGGAGGUGAGUUGAUAUUGCUCUGUAUCCAAUCCCAGGGAUUUCUAAUAGACUCAUUGUAUGUCCCAUGCUGUAAGAUUGCAAACCUGGGAGUAGUAGGAUCUUUCAGCCAGGAAACCAGGCCAGUAUUAGUCAAGGCUGAAAACUGGGCCUUCAGUGAGAGUCUAUAAUGUGGUGCUGUGUACUGCUCAUCAGUGUUGUUUGGGCUGUGGUUUGGUUCUUCCGUGACCGGCAGACUUUGAGCAACUUCAAAGACAAGUAUAUUUUCAUCACGGGUUGUGAUACAGGUUUUGGGAACAUGCUAGCCAAGAAACUUGACAAGAAGGGUUUCCAAGUGCUGGCAGGCUGCCUGACUCAGAAAGGAGCUGAUAACUUGGACCGCACCAGCUCACCAAACCUGCGCACCACACUGCUUGAUGUUACCAGCUCAGAGAGCAUCUGCAAAGCAGUGGAACGGGUGAAAGCUGAAGUGGGUCGAAAAGGACUCUUUGGUCUGGUGAACAAUGCAGGUAUAGGCAGUUCCAUUGGCCCCACAGAAUGGAUGACUGUGGAAGACUAUCGCAAAGUCAUGGCUGUUAACACCUUUGGAAUGAUCGAGGUCUCAUUGGCCUUCCUACCAUUGCUCAAGCAAGCACGUGGCCGAGUAGUCAAUAUUUCCAGCGUCUUGGGGCGGCUUUCAGCCAACGGCGGUGGCUACUGCAUUUCCAAAUACACAGUGGAGGCCUUCUCAGACAGCCUCAGGAGAGACAUGUAUCAUUUUGGGGUGAAAGUCUCCAUUGUGGAGCCAGGCUUCUUCAAAACAGCUAUGACUAAUCUUGAAUCAAUAGACUGCUCUUUGCGGCAAUACUGGGACCGAAUGAGCCCUAAAACCCAGCAGAGCUACGGUGAAGACUUCUUUCACAGUUACCUGAAAGUCCAGAAGUUCAUCAUGAACAUCAUUUGCGAUUCUGAUCUCAGCAAAGUAACGAACUGCAUGGAACACGCCCUUCAAGCCAAGCAUCCUCGCUCUCGUUACAGUGCAGGUUGGGAUGCUAAAUUUCUGUGGCUGCCAGUCUCUUAUCUACCUGCUUUUGUGGUGGAUAUUUUCCUAUCUAUCAUCUUACCAAAGCCAGCUCAGCGGGUGCACUAAAAGCUUCUUCCUUAUGACCAAGCUUGAGGCCUAAAUGCUGAAAGAUCAUACUUCUGAGAAUUAGGAAAAAAUAAAAGGAUUAAUCUGAGAAA